CGCGAUCAAUUCCAGUAGAUAAAAUAUAUACCUUUAGGACUUCGGUAUAAUGUUAUAAAUUUUAAUUUUGUAAUAAUAUUUAUCAUAAUAAAUAUAAUAAUAGUAAAAACACAUAAUGUUAUUGUAAGUAUUCCUGCGUUUACGUACAGGUACAAUAAUAAAUAAUAAUCAUAAUAGUAUSAUAGGUAUAAUAAUUAUUUCGUUCUGUCGGUGUUACUUUUAAUUACUAUAUUUUGUAAUUGUCUUAACGUUGUCUAUGCUUUCGGCACGGUAAAGCAUCUUAUCGUCUGUCGUUUUCAACGAACUGUUACUCGCUCGCACUCACGCCCGCUACCUAACUAUGGAUCGUCAUACAUGAUACUGGAAAAUUUGACGACAUUGUUAACGACAGUAUCGAGUAUCAUCGUCUGCCUACCACCUACGGUUCUACAAACGUAUUGAUAAGGCGUUUCKCAGUUUUUCAUAUUUUCAUUACCAUUUAUCACCGCGUGUCCUAAUCCGCCGCAGUCGAAAUGGACAAGAGGAAGUUGUCAACAUCUGGAGAUUCUCUUUAUGUUACGCUGAGCUUAGCAAAAACAGCAGAAACGGAAGAAAUUAAGAAAACUUAUCGAAAACUUGCAUUAAAAUUCCAUCCAGAUAAGAAUACUGGUAAUCCUGAAGCUGAAGAAAAGUUUAAAGAAAUCAAUAAGGCAUAUAGAAUAUUGACAGAUCCGAACAGAAACCCCGUUAACACGGAAAUAUUUCAUGGCACGUACGAUUCCAAUGAUGGAGCGAACUCAAAUAUAGAUGGUAUACAUAAAAAGGAGGAUAGCGAAGAUGAUGUUGUAGUGAAUCAGCCAUCUUCUACAAACAAUGCUACGGGAGGUGCAGGACAGCAUACCAAUGCGUUUGCUAUGCCACCACCGCCUUCAGCCAAUGAGACCACUGCACUGAAUCCAGAUGGUACUCCUACAAAGUACUCUGCGAGCAAAUAAUUAUCUUAUGAGUCAUUAAAUCAUGUCCCCUCAGACACAUUUUAAUACUCAAGUAUGACAGAGUGAUUGUCCUUAUUACUCUUAUCCAGUGGAGUUGUAUCACAAAGAAUUACAAUAAUUCAUUUUUUCCAUAUUCAUUAAUCACAUUUURAAAAUUUCAAAAUAUUUUUAACAUUUUGAUUAGUUAUAUAAAUAUGUACCAYCAGUAAGUGUGUACAAUCAAAGUUUCCUUGUGUGUUUUCUCCUAUAGCUUUUUCAUGUGUUUAAUUUCGCAUGGUUUUAAUAAAACUUGUUUCAAAAUGUGCCAGUUUUAAAACAAAAUGAUUUUACAUAAGAUCUUAUAAUAUAAUAGA